AGACGGAGCCCGGACCUCCACACUGAGCCAUGCCCACCCCCGACGCCACCACGCCACAGGCCAAGGGCUUCCGCAGGGCCGUGUCUGAGCUGGACGCCAAGCAGGCAGAGGCCAUCAUGGUAAGAGGGCAGGGGGACCCAGGGCCCAGCCUCACAGGCUCUCCGUGGCCUGGAACUGCAGCCCCAGCUGCAUCCUACACCCCCACCCCGAGGUCCCCGAGGUUCAUUGGGCGGAGGCAGAGCCUCAUCGAGGACGCCCGCAAGGAGCGGGAGGCGGCGGUGGCAGCAGCGGCUGCUGCAGCCCCCUUGGAGCCCGGGGACCCCCUGGAGGCCGUGGCCUUUGAGGAGAAGGAAGGGAAGGCCGUGCUAAACCUGCUCUUCUCCCUGAGGGCCACCAAGCCCUCGGCGCUGUCCCGAGCUGUGAAGGUGUUGGAGACGUUUGAAGCCAAAAUUCACCACCUAGAGACCCGGCCCGCCCAGAGGCCGCGAGCCGGGGGCCCCCACCUGGAGUACUUCGUGCGCCUCGAGGUGCCCCGAGGGGACCUGGCCGCCCUGCUCAGUGGUGUGCGCCAGGUAUCAGAGGACGUGCGCAGCCCCGCGGGGCCCAAGGUCCCCUGGUUCCCAAGAAAAGUGUCAGAGCUGGACAAGUGUCAUCACCUGGUCACCAAGUUUGACCCUGACCUGGACUUGGACCACCCGGGCUUCUCGGACCAGGUGUACCGCCAGCGGAGGAAGCUGAUUGCUGAGAUCGCCUUCCAGUACAGGCAUGGCGACCCGAUUCCCCGUGUGGAGUACACCGCCGAGGAGAUUGCCACCUGGAAGGAGGUCUACACCACGCUGAAGGGCCUCUACGCCACGCACGCCUGCGGGGAGCACCUGGAGGCCUUUGCUCUGCUGGAGCGCUUCAGCGGCUACCGGGAAGACAAUAUCCCCCAGCUGGAGGACGUCUCCCGCUUCCUGAAGGAGCGCACGGGCUUCCAGCUGCGGCCUGUGGCCGGCCUGCUGUCCGCUCGGGACUUCCUGGCCAGCCUGGCCUUCCGCGUGUUCCAGUGCACCCAGUAUAUCCGCCACGCGUCCUCGCCCAUGCACUCCCCUGAGCCGGACUGCUGCCACGAGCUGCUGGGGCACGUGCCCAUGCUGGCAGACCGCACCUUCGCGCAGUUCUCACAGGACAUUGGCCUGGCGUCCCUGGGGGCCUCGGAUGAGGAAAUUGAGAAGCUGUCCACGCUGUACUGGUUCACGGUGGAGUUUGGGCUGUGCAAGCAGAAUGGGGAGGUGAAGGCCUACGGCGCCGGGCUGCUGUCCUCCUACGGGGAGCUCCUGCACUGCCUGUCUGAGGAGCCCGAGAUUCGGGCCUUCGACCCUGAAGCUGCGGCCGUGCAGCCCUACCAAGACCAGACAUACCAGUCAGUCUACUUCGUGUCUGAGAGCUUCAGUGACGCCAAGGACAAGCUCAGGAGCUAUGCCUCACGCAUCCAGCGCCCCUUCUCCGUGAAGUUCGACCCGUACACGCUGGCCAUCGACGUGCUGGACAGCCCCCAGGCCGUGCGGCGCUCCUUGGAGGGUGUCCAGGACGAGCUGGACACCCUUGCCCAUGCGCUGAGUGCCAUUGGCUAGGUGCAGGGUGCCCCCGAGGGCCCUUCCCAACCUCCCCUGGUCCUGCACUGUCCCGGAGCUCAGGCCCUGGUGAAGGGCUGGGUCCCAGGUGCCCCCCAUGCCCUCCCUGCUGCCAGGCUCCCACUGCCCCUGCACCUGCUUCUCAGCGCAACAGCUGUGUGUGUGCCUGUGGUGAGGUUGUGCUGCCUGUGGUGAGGUCCUGUCCUGGCUCCCAGGGUCCUGGGGGCUGCCGCGCUGCCCUCUGCCCUUCCCUGACACUGUCUGCUGCCCCAAUCACCAUCACAAUAAAAGAAAGUGUGGUCUCUA